AUGAAUGAGCAUCCAAACCUUCCGUUCAUUUUUUUCCUUCGGAGGUGCGAGAGAAGGUUUCGUCUGGUGGGUCUUCUUCAACCUCCUGACCCCAGCCCUCCACGAUUGGGGGUAGUGGUUCGGUUUAGAAUCUAUCUGUCGGUUUAUUCCACUCCCCAAAGUCGAUUUUCGGACUCCAUCACCGCCAUCAGCCACAGCCACAGACGGUUUAUUCCACUCCCCAAAGUCGAUUUUCGGACUCCAUCACCGCCAUCUUCUCAUCUUCGACACCGUCUUCAGGGAAGAUACGAAGGGGUAGACCUCCCGGUUGUGGAAAUAAAUAACAGCUUGAUGCUUCAUGUAGUUGUUGGUGCUGGCCCUUUUCCUUCUCUGCUAUCUCCAAUGAUUUUUUCCUCGAGAUUUAGAGCAAAAGCAAUUGCCUUAUCACCUGAAAUGCAUUGGAUAUCAAACAUUGUAGUCGGGUUGUAUUUCUUGAGUGUGAUGACUAAAUUUGGGAUAAGAAAAGUAACAGAAGCAGCAACAGACAUUCCAAGCCAAAGAAGAUAUGCCAAAAUACACCGCCAAAUCGACCGGGUAAAUCCCACCGACACCGACUUCCAAAAUUGCAGCUUUAGAUGUAUUUUGAAGCACCCUACAAAUAUGGCUACUCCAUUCAACACAACGUAUCAAGGGAUAGAAAAGGACAAGCAGGAUGGAGAUAUUAUAAAUAUUGAUGUCACCGUUUACUUAGAUGGUUAUCAUGCUGAUACCUCAAAGACAUUUUUAUGUAGAAAUGUUGAUGAAGCCACAAAACGACUUCUAGAGGUUACUGAACAAUGCUUGGAGAGAGUUGCCUUCCGCUAUUACAACAGAUUUCGCCACAUGGGCAACAACAGAUAUUGUUCGAUGCCUAAUCUUCAACUAAGAAUCAGGACUUAUGGAAUCUAAGAAAGCCGACAAUUGAACUUAUUAACAUCCUCUAGCCAAUGUUAUACUUAGACAACACUUAAUGAGGAAAAAACCAUGAAGUAUUUGAUCCGUGGAAUCCGGCUCUUCGGUUCGAUCCAAUCAACCAAAGGAUAAACCCAUGAAGUAUAUAUUUCGAUAAAUAGCUUAUCCGACAACAAAAAAAUUAUCCAUGACGAAACAAUAUUACUGCUCUAUAACAAUACUCAAACUACAAACAAAUAGUUGAUCAAACAACAUUUACAAAGAACAAACAACGGAAAAAAUUGUCGCAUUCGACCCCCGUAAUGCGGGGCUCUCCACCUAGUUCUUAAUUAAUUAUUGACCAAUGUUAAUUAAAUAAAUAUGAUUUCUCUUUUAAUAUAUUAUUCUUAUAAUAUAUAAAUAAACCAUAAUAACCUCUUUCUCUAUUAUU